UCAAAAAGAAAAUAAGAAGACAGUACCAUUCACUAAUUCAUAACCAAAAAUUGAACUUGAAGAUAGAAAAUCUGAAGCUCUAAAUUGGCUCGAUCGAUUCAAUGAUGGUUAAUUUGAAAGAAAGAUUUGGUUACUUUUGUAACAACAGAUGGCUAGUGUUCGUUGCUGCAAUGUGGAUCCAAACUUGUGCUGGUAUUGGAUACCUAUUUGGAAGUAUUUCACCAGUAAUAAAAUCCUCUCUGAAUUACAAUCAGAAACAGAUUGCUCGAUUGGGUGUGGCUAAAGAUUUGGGUGAUAGUGUUGGAUUCUUAGCUGGUAGUUUGUGUGAAAUAUUGCCUUUAUGGGCUGCACUUCUUGUGGGUGCUAUUCAGAAUUUUAUUGGCUAUGGUUGGGUUUGGCUUAUUGUCACUGGAAGAACUACACCUUUGCCAUUAUGGGCUAUGUGCAUUCUUCUAUUUGUAGGAACAAAUGGGGAAACCUUCUUUAACACAGCAGCUUUAGUCUCUUGUGUGCAAAAUUUCCCGAAAAGCCGUGGUCCUGUGGUUGGGAUUCUUAAGGGAUUUGCUGGCUUAGGUGGUGCUAUUUUAACUCAAAUAUAUGCAGUAAUCCAUUCCCCGGAUCACGCUUCACUUAUAUUUAUGAUUGCCGUUGGACCAGCAAUGGUGAUUAUUGCUCUCAUGUUUAUAAUCAGGCCUGUUGGAGGCCACAGACAAGUAAGGCCUUCUGAUGGACUAAGUUUUUCAUUUGUUUACAGUAUAUGCCUCCUUUUGGCUUCUUAUUUAAUGGGAGUUAUGCUUGUUGAAGACUUUAUUGAUGUUAGCCACACUGUUAUUAUAAUCUUCACAGCUAUUCUAUUUGUCAUCUUGAUAAUCCCUAUUGUGAUCCCCAUCUAUUUGAGUUUCACUCAAGAGCCAAGAGUAGUAUCAGAAGAAGAGGCACUUCUAUCUGAGUCAGGGAAACAGGAUCCUGGCAAAUCAGAACACAACGAUGGUCAAGAAAUUAUAUUUAGUGAGGUUGAAGAGGAGAAGACCAAGGAAGUAGACUUGCUUCCGGCUUUAGAAAGGCAGAAAAGAAUCGCGCAAUUACAAGUGAGGCUAGCUCAAGCAGCUGCAGAAGGAGCUGUGAGGAUCAAAAGAAGACGAGGUCCUCGUAGGGGAGAGGACUUUACUUUAGUGCAGGCUUUAUUAAAAGCAGAUUUUUGGCUUAUGUUUUUCUCAUUGCUUUUCGGUUCUGGAUCUGGUUUGACUGUCAUUGAUAACUUGGGACAGAUGAGCCAAUCUUUAGGAUAUGAUAACACACAUGUAUUUGUUUCCUUGAUCAGCAUAUGGAACUUCCUUGGCCGUAUUGGGGGUGGAUACUUUUCUGAGAUAAUUGUCAGGGAUAAUGCAUAUCCAAGACAUGCAGCUAUGGCAAUUGCCCAAGUCGUGAUGGCCUUUGGUCAUUUCUUCUUUGCCAUGGGUUGGCCUGGAGCUAUGUACAUUGGUACUCUUUUGGUUGGACUUGGUUAUGGAGCUCAUUGGGCGAUUGUGCCAGCUGCUGCUUCUGAAUUGUUUGGCUUAAAGAAUUUUGGGGCUUUGUACAAUUUCCUCACUAUUGCCAACCCAGCUGGUUCAUUAGUAUUCUCAGGUCUUAUUGUUAGUAGUAUAUAUGACAUGGAAGCUGAGAAGCAAGCUCAACAGCCCCAUGAAGGACAGUUGAAUUUGGUGUCGAUUUUGACAAGUUUUUUAAACAUGGAUGAACCUCUGAAGUGUGAAGGUGCCAUUUGCUUCUUCUUGACUUCCUUGAUAAUGUCAGGACUCUGCAUUAUUGCAGCUGUUUUAAGCAUGAUUCUGGUGUACCGCACAAAGACUGUGUACGCUAAUCUAUAUGGAAAAUCUCGUACAUAAUGUAUUCUCGAGGGAUAGAAAUUUAAGCAUCCUGAAAAAGGGCAUCUUCUUCCAAUUCAUAUUUCCAAAUAUCAUUAUAAUGUGACACUGAAACCGUCACCAGAACACCUCCAGGUGACAGCAAAUGACGAAGAAGACAAUAGCCUGGUUUUGCUGUUGCGGAAGUAGUCCCUGGUAGAGUGAAAUAUUUAUUUGUGUUGCAAGUCAUUUCUGUAUAUUUGCAUUUUCUCAAUCUUGAAAUUGUUAAAUUUUGGAUGUCAACCACCAUUAUAGUUAAUUGAAAGAGUGUUGAUUGAUUUUUUGCUAAUGACAAA